AUGAACAGAUACUGGAUCCCCCACAAGGAUAUUCACAAAAAGGUCAUCACCCAGGAGCUUCAGUACUACUUGGGACCUGAAGCAACAGUUCGGCCGUUCACGCGAGACGGCGAAGAUGGGUUCCUGAUCCAAACGCCAGGACCCUGCCUGUCAGAUGAGCAAAUCGACGACAUUUGCAUAAAAUCGAUAGAGAUGUGGGAGAGGCAAGCCGCAAGCAGAGCCUCAACCGGCUCUGAAGGCAAGAAGCUCAAGCGGCCACUGCACCAACCAGUGGUGAUCUCGAAGGGCAGCUCGAGCCGUCGAAGGCACGAGGACUCGCGGAGAGACUCCAAUCGAGAUUGUGAUGUCCGCCGAUGA